AUGGCUCCAAUAAAUCCCAACAAAUAGCAUAAAAAGUAGCGUAUUUUCAACUAGAAAUAAAAAUCCUAAAAAAAGGAUAAUAAGAACUUUGCCAAUAAAUAGAAGAAGAUGGCUGAGUUGAAGCAUAAAGAAGAGGGGUUCUAAGAUGAAGUAGAAUCUAAUGUAGAAGAGAAGCCAUAACAAUAAAUUAAAAAAUAAGCUUCCGUAGAAAAGGUUGGCUAAAAGAAGAUUUCAAAAUAAAAACAAGAUCAAAAGGCUAAGCUAUAAAACAAAAAAGAUAACAACAAGUAGGCUGUCUCAAAGCAAGAUAACAAGAAAUAAAAGGACUAAAAGAUUAAAAAAUAAAAGGAGAAAGAACAAAGUGAUGAUGAAGAUAGCAGCGACAUUGAAAUCGAAGAUGAAGAACUUUUUGAUCAAGAAGCUCUCGAAAAUCAAAACGAAAUGCUUGGUAAUUUAGCUCAAAUGAAAAAAUCUUCAACCAAGAAGAGCAAAAAAGAAAAGGAAAGAAAGGUCACUGAAUUCAAGUUCAGAGUCCUCGACAUGCUUGAAAUUUUUAUUAAAAAAACAAAGAACCCUCAAAUAUUUAUCCAAUCUCUUGCUCAAUUGUUCUAAACAGUCAAGGAUAACGCUAACGAUAAGGAAAAGCAAUCUUUUGUUGAAAAGAUUUGCCAAAUCGUAAGAAAGUUUUUCGAAAGACACGUUAAAAUGCUUCCUGAAUAUAGAGAUAACAUAGAAGAAUGCUUCACUGAAGUCGUUAAAGUUUUAGCUAAACAACCUAAGAAGAGCAUCAACUCUGCUUUAACUUUUGCAGCCAUAAGUUUGUUUAAAAUUAGAUUACAAAUGAAUUUAGGAGAUAUUUCUGUUUUGGUAUCAACCAUUGAAAAAGCACUUGAAAAAUCAGCAUUAAAGAAAGAAAUUAGUUACAGCGAAGAAUUUUAUAAAGAAAUAAUUAGAAAUUCUCAAGAAAUCGCUUUUAAGUUACUUCCUAGCUUGUUAAAAUAUGCCCUUCUCAAUAAAGACGGUGGUGCAAAGGAUAAAAAUAGAUAAUUUAUUCUUAGUAUAUUAAACUACACAAUUAGAAAUUCAUAAGUUUAAGAAUUAAUUAAGAAGGAUUCUGCUGAUUUUGUUGCCAGUAUAUCCAAUUUAAUCUCUGUUUUCGACUCAUAAAGUGAAAUAUAAAAGAAGAAAAUCUCUGUUUUAAAUAAAUAUAUUGAAAUAUUUGCCGGUUUUGCUAGCAUCCUUAAAGAUUGUAAAACUAACAAAAAGGAAGAAUUAUAAAAUAAGCUUAAAGAAUCUUUAUCUAAGUGGCCUGAAAACGACCACAAUUUAAAGAAUAUUCAAAAGAAAUUUUUAGAAAAAUUCACUUUCUGA